CGCGAUGAUGCAAUGUGUCAACACAGAAAGUCUGCAUACAAGGCUACCACAACGCAUUGAAGAAGACAACUGUCAAUCUGGAGCUUAACUUGACUUCGCGUCAGCGACCUCUAGCAGAUCCGUUUGCGCGCAAAGUACGCUAUGAAUGCAUUGUUCAACUCUGCCUUACGGCAGUCUACACAGAUUCGCAAAGAUCUAGACCAAUUUGCCGAUAGCGCAGCGCCCUCUCCACAAUUGCAAGCCCAGCUCAACGCCUCUUUAGCGACCUUUACACGCACCAUCGACGACUAUGGCAAGCUUGCAAAGCAGGAACCAGUACAGACGAAACAGGAGAAAGCGUUCGAAAGGCUAAAGAACUUCCGGCGCGAGCUGGAUGAGUAUCGUGAAAGCUUCAAGCGGAUAAAGAGCGUGAAUGAGGAGAUUCGAACGACCGAAGCACGCACAGAACUGCUAGGUCGCCGUCCGCAUCACGCCGCUACACCAGAAAACCCUUACGCACAGUCCAACAUCAACGCCAACGCCAACACACACUCGCCUUUCGCACCCUCACAGCCGUACAACGCCAAUGCUCCAUACCGACCGAACCCAUAUUCCGCCGGUACGCAACAGGGUGGCGACUACGAUCGAGAAGGCCACGUGCUGCGCGAGAACACGUUCUUCAACCAGACAUCGAACCAACUAGACGAAUUCCUCGACCGGGGUCGAGCCGUGUUAGGAGACCUAGGGCAGCAAAGGGAGAUGCUGAAGGGCACACAGAGGAAGCUGUAUAGUGUCGCUAACACAUUGGGCAUCAGUGGUGAUACCAUUAGGAUGGUAGAGCGGAGGGCGAAGCAGGACAAGUGGAUCUUCUAUGGCGGUGUGGUUAUUUUCUUUGCGUUUUGCUGGUUGGUGAUCUACUAUCUGCGAUGAGGCGAUGGCAGAGAACAAAAGGAAAGAUGAAAGCGCACCUGUGGGGUAACAGCCCUACUAUCUUCUGAUGCGGAGCAUGUGUACACAUUGUUAGGUUUAGCGAGGCGUAUGGCGUACAGAUGUCAUGGCUAAAGCGUAUCAAAUUAUUCUCCAUGGCUGCUCGACAGUAUUCUCAAGGAGCAGGGACUGAAGAGCGAUUAGCUACACGAUCAAGUAAGCACACGCGGU